CGUUCUUUCCUUCUUUGUUCCGUGCUCGUUAGAUGGUGAAGGACAACCCUCUGUUUCUUUCACCGUCUUGGAUGUGUUCGUCCUGGAUGCGAUGAUAUACUGUUCGCCCACUGCUGGUGCUGGCUGCUGCCAUUGUAGUUAGAUAAACCAGUUUGGUGGGAAGAGGGUAUACUUGAAGGUUAUCUCUGGACGGAGAACAUGGCUGAGUUCGUUGUUCUGUCGGUGGCGCGGUAUCUGGAGCGAUUUAUCGGGGAAGGGUACGAGUUGGGUGUUCACCUUGAGAAAAAUCUGAGAAAGUUGCUGAGCUUGCUGUUGGCCCUACAGCCAUCCAUUGACGACGCAGAGCGACUGCAGAUGAAGGACGAAGCUGCUAGAAACUGGUUGAGAAGGUUGAAGAAUGCUGCUUACGAUAUCGAGAAUGUCCUAGACGAUUGCACGACCCAGAUUCUUAUUUCUACGAAGAGGGGCCUUGUCAAUGCUGCCUAUGAUGUGGAGGAAUGGCAUGAGAGUGUCGGCAAGUAUUCUCCUCUUAUUAGCAAUCAAACUCGCUCUCUAAGCACGGGGAAACGGAAGAGAGAAUAUUCUCCGAUGAGUGUUUGCAAUUAUCAAACGAACCCUCUGGUUCACUCUAUAAUGAAGAAGGCAAAGGACAUCCUUGGAAGUUUAGAUGAUUUGGUCCGCAUGAAAACUGGGUUUAGGGAAAUGGCUAUUGAAGAGAGGAGGUUGCAGAUGGAAGCCCGUUGUACGACUUCCUAUGUGGAGGAGGAGGAUGUUUUUGGCAGGGAUGAUGACAGGGAGAAGGUGAUGCAGUCAUUAUUAGGAGGAAGUAAUGAAGAGAUUUCAUUGAUCACCAUUGUUGGUAUGGCCGGAAUUGGAAAGACGACUGUUGCUCAACUUGCCUACAAUGACAAAAGCGUAGUUCAACAUUUUGAGGAGAGACUUUGGGUGUAUGUGUCUCAAGAUUUUGAUAUGCUAAGGCUUACAAAAGCAUUAAUCCAAACUGCGACGGGGAAGAACAUUGAUUUGACAGAAUUGGAUCCCUUGCAGCAUCGUCUUAGUAAAGUUUUGAACAAUAAGAGAGUGCUGAUCGUGUUGGAUGAUGUGUGGAAUGAAGACAUUGAUAAGUGGGAGCAUCUGAAAUUUCCAUUCAAAGCCUGCGGGAAGGGAAGCAAGAUUCUGGUUACCACUCGAAGUGAGAAGGUUUCUUUGGCCAUGGAUGCCACACAUUUGCACCGGUUGACCCGCCUCUCAGGUGCUGACGCUUGGUUAAUCUUUGCCCGUAGAGCAUUCACAGGAAUGUGCAAGGAAGAUCUUUUCACAUUUGAACCAAUUGGAAGGAAAAUUGUGAAGAAGUGCAAAGGGAUACCCCUUUUGGUGAAAACUGUGAGUAACAUGAUGCGCACAAAGAAAAGAAAGUGCCAAUGGAAGCGUGUCUUGCAAAGUGAAAUUUUCGAUUUGCCAUUUGUCAACAAAAGAGUCCUUCCAGAUCUGUUGCUGAGCUAUUAUGACUUGAACGUCACUUUAAAAAGAUGCUUUUCUUAUUGUUCCAUGUUUCCCAAGGACCGCAGUAUUUCUUGCAGUGAUUUGGCAAAAAUAUGGGUCGCAGAGGGGUUUAUCCUUCGCAGAGGACAGAAAGAGAUGAUGGAAGUUGCUGGACAAUAUUUCGAUGAUCUUGUUGAUAAAUCUUUGUUGGGCGUCUUUUACAAGGCUAAGCAUGGGCAGACCAGGAGUGAUGAAAUGCAUGAGCUAGCCUAUGUCCUUGCUCGAUUUGUUGCAGGGUCUGACGGCUUCAGCUCAAUAUGCAAGAACGAGAGAUUAGAUGAGAUCCCUGACGAAGCACGUCAUGCAUUUCUCAUCUGUAAAGAGUUCAACUCUGCCAAAGACGUAGCAUUAUCCAUUCGGAAGGCCCUUCAUCGUGCCAAGAAUCUCCGCACGUUCAAGCUACAGACGGCGAGGCGUCUUGUACUGCCUCCUGACCUGUUCGACAGAGUUGACAGCUUAAGGGUGUUGGACAUGAGUGACUCUCAAAUUCACAAUCUACCAGAAUCAGUACGGAAAUUAAGGCGCCUGAGGCACAUUUUCCUCUGCUAUUCAGACAUUGCUUGGUUACCUAAAACUUUUGGUCCUUUGCUCCAUUUGCAAACCUUAGAUGCAGAAGGGUGUUAUGAGCUUCAAAACCUGCCUUGUGAUUUACCCCAGCUUUUAAGCUUGAAGCAUCUUAAACUUGGUGGUACCGAGAGUUUGGGAUGGUUGCCAAAACACAUUGGUCAGUUAAGUCGCCUCGAGACACUGGGUCAUUUCAUCGUGCAAGAUGAAGAUGGCCACAGAAUUGGAGAGCUUCAGAAUCUAAACUCUAUCGGCGGGCACCUGUCAAUAACGAACUUGGAGAAAGUGCGUAACCAAAGAGAAGCCAUUGAAUCUCAAAUCUGUGAGAAGCCAAAAUUGAAGUCUUUGACACUGCAAUGGACAUUUGAUGAAUAUGCAGACGGAAAGGGGACUAAAAGUAUCUUUGACUGCCUCCGACCUCACAGCAACCUUAAAAUGCUAUCCAUAUGGAACUAUCCUGGCAUUAUGUUUCCAAAGUGGAUGCUGGAUUCAUCUCUUUGUAAUCUGGUGAAACUUGAACUUCUCCAUUGCGACAAUUGUGAACAUUUACCAGCUCUGGGGAAGCUUCCUUUACUUGAGCACCUAGAAAUGUUGGAGUUUCCUGCAGUUAAAUCCAUUGGCUAUGAAUUUUAUGGGACGGUUGAAAAUGCUUUCCCCAGGUUGGAAACCCUAGAAAUUUUAGAAUUUCUAAACUUGGAGGAGUGGUUGGACAUGGACGGAGCAAUGCCAAUGCUGCUCAAUCUGACCAUCACGUCCUUGCCCAAACUGAAGCAGUUCCCAUUUCAGUGCCUACGAAGACUGAAGAGUUUGGAUAUAAGUUGUGUUAGCAUGGAGACGAUGCCAGCUUUCUCUGACUUGAAAUCAUUGAGGAUGGGCAUAGAUCAUGAUCCAAGAGCACUCCAGAACGUGCUUGGACACAUUCCGAGCGAGACACUUGAAGAACUGACAAUCUCUAUUCCGCGGGAAGUAAGGUCUCUGGAGGAGUCUGCACUGCAAUGCUUCAGGGGGCUGGAGAAGUUAACCCUCUUGGGCUGUGAAAACUUGGAGUCUUUGCCGGAGAGUAUUCGUUGCCUAACAAAACUUAAUUCGCUGCAAAUUAGUCUCUACGCAACAUCCCUUACUGAUCGGUGCAUGAAGGAGAAAGGGGAGGACUGGGAUAAAAUUUCGCACAUACCAAAUAUCCGAGUUGGCCAGUUCGUAAUUCGGGAGUCUGAACAGUUCAACAAGGGUGAGGAUAUAGAUGAAUGAUCAUCAGAAGAUUUUUGUUUAUUUUGUAUCCGUUGGUAUGUCAAGCCGUUUCCUCGUUUUCCGAUCAUGUAUGUUCUAGCUUCUUAACUAUUAGCUUUCUGCUUUUGUUUUAUCGUGACUGGUUUCCCUCCCAUCAAGAAUGGUAUUUGUUUCAUGUUUUUCA